GAUUCGAUAACACAAGCAGCAGCAGCUCCAAGCACUUGCAUCAGCUCAGCAAGCUAGCACGGCCUAAGCACCGAGCCAAGUCGACCACAGCAAUGGCCUCCGCCAACAGCUGGACCCUCGAGAUCGCGUCGCCGGUGGCCGCACCGCGCCUGUUCCGCGCCGCGGUGAUGGACUGGCACACCCUGGCCCCCAAGCUCGUCGCCGACGUCGUCGCCAGCGCCCAUCCCGUGGAGGGCGAGGGCGGCGUCGGCAGCGUCAGGCAGUUCAACUUCACCCCAGCCAUGCCGUUCGGCUUCAUGAAGGAGAGGCUCGAGUUCCUGGACGCGGACAAGUGCGAGUGCAAGUCGACGCUCGUCGAGGGCGGCGGCAUCGGCGUGGCCAUCGAGACCGCCGCGUCGCACAUCAAGGUGGAGCCCGCGGCCGACGGUGGCAGCGUGGUGAAGGUGGACUCCACCUACAAGCUUCUGCCGGGCGUGGAGGUGAAGGACGAGAUCGCCAAGGCCAAGGAGUCGGUCACCGCCAUCUUCAAGGCCGCCGAGGCAUUCCUCGUCGCCAACCCGGACGCCUACAACUAAAUUGAAAUCAAUGGAGUGGGAUCAGAUCUCCCUAUGUAUCAUCUUGUGUGUCUUAUACGGCUAAAAUAAAACUGCUCUAAGUUGCCAGACAGAGCAUGGAGCAGAGUAUGGAAUUGAGAAGUUUGUGUUUUUGCUACUUGCAGUGAACAAAGUGAUUUGGUUUGUGUAUACCUUCGAGAUAAAAUCUUUAAUAUUGGAUUUUUAUGGCACCCAGUGCUAUGAGCA